CUUGUUUGUUUUGAGGAGGAUGACCGAAAGUAAAAGCCAAAAAACAUUGUGAAUUUUGUUUUAAAAACUUAAGGGAGCAAGAUGUCGCUUCAAGCUGUGGUCUUCGGUUUGCUGAGGGAUCUUUUUCUCAUCGUGUGGUACUUCCUGGAGGCAAUAGUGCUGUCAGUUAUUCCUCGAUCUUUGCGGAGACGCAAAAGUGUGGCAGGGGAAAUUGUGCUGAUCACUGGUGCAGGUAGCGGAAUUGGAAGACUCUUGGCUCACAAGUUCUCCGAUCUUGGUGCGACGCUUGUUCUAUGGGACGUCAACGAGACUGGUAACCAGGAGACAGCCAACCAGGUCCGAGAAAAUGGCGGAACUGUCCAUGACUACACUGUGGACAUUAGCGUCAGUGAUAAUGUGUAUAAUGCAGCAGAGAUUGUCAAGAGAGAUGUUGGUGAUGUCACAAUACUUGUCAACAAUGCAGGAGUUGUGACUGGAAAAAUGUUCUUGGACUGUCCUGACCAUUUGAUCAAAAGAACAAUGGACGUCAAUAUCAGUGCACACUUUUGGACAUUGAAAGCAUUCCUCCCAUCCAUGAUUGCAAAGAACAAGGGCCACAUUGUCAAUGUAGCCAGUCUGGCUGGACUAUUUGGCAUGAAGAAUCUGGUAGACUAUUGCACCAGCAAGUUUGCUGCUGUGGGCCUGCACGAUGCAUUGCAGUAUGAGCUGGUGUUCUCUGGAAAGACUGGAGUCAAGACUACAGUUGUGUGUCCGUUCUUUAUUGACACAGGCAUGUUCAGUGGAGUCAAAGUAAAAGAUCCAUUGAUGACGCUUUCCUUGCUGAAGCCAUCGUACGUCAUUAGAAACAUCAUGGAUGCUGUCCUUCUGGAGGAAAAGAUGUGUAUUCUCCCCAGGCUAAUCACCUUUGCGGCGUACAUUAAAUACUUGCUGCCAGAGAAGGCAACACUACUUGUCUUCCGCCGUCUUGGCUUCGAUGUAUGUAUGGAAUCAUUUGUUGGUAGAGGCAAAAAGGACUAACAGUCUGGGAAAAGGUUGUCAUGUCCCAACUAGAGUAUCAGCUUUAACCAAAGUUGGGCCUAACCCAACUUGGGAAAAUUCAAGGUGGGCCUGUAUACAACCUCGCUCCCAGGGGUGAACAAUCUCGCCGCGCUACUUUUUCCCGGCAUGCCUUGCUUGAUCAUAAGCCUUGGAAUUUGUUCAUUAAAAUUGUGCUGGAAAGUAGCACAUUUUAAUGAGCGUCUGUAAUCAAUCCUUUCUACGCGCCACGGAAAAGAAUCAUUUUGUUUUUCUUUUAAAAAACGUAUUCGUGCCAUUAAAAAAAAUGCGGGCGUGAUCAACAUGCAAAUAUCUUAAAACAACGCGCACGCACACUUUACAUCUUAUGCGUAGCCAUUUCAUGAGCAAAUGGCGUUGUUUCUCAGUUCAUUCCUUUCCAGGGGUAUCGAUACGGUGCGCUGCCCAUGGAAGCGAGGCUGGCCUGUUUAGUCCCCACCCUGGAUGCCAAGUUUGGACAUGCCCAAUUGUGGAUGGGAUAAUUAUGAGUAGUCAUUAUUAAUAAGGGGAACAGGUUUUGUUAGUUUUAAUAACGGGAAUUAAGGUUCUUUAAUUUUCAUCAAGGGGAAAAGGUUCUUCUACCUACUGCCCAAUUUCUUAAACUAUUUCUGGACUUAUAAUUGUUUGUGUACUGUAGCAGAAGAUUAUGAUAACAAGCAAAGGGUGCUUUUUAAGGGGCUCCAUAAGCACCGAUGAUGUACUUGCUCCUUCAGCAAUUGGUACAUGAAAACCUAUUCAUCAGGUAUAACAAUUUAAUUUAAACUAGAAAUGUUAAUGUUUCCUGAAUCACUAUCUUUCACAUACAGUGCUUUUUUUAUAGUUUUUUUUUUACUAUGUAAAGCAAAUGCCAAAAAAGACACACAAAAUCUGAAAAUAUCAAUUAAGUUAAAUGUGUACUGUAUAUUCAGCAAAUAUAACAUUGUUUGAGGGUGAAUAGUAUACACAUAAUGAAUGUUUAUGAGUGCAAUGGUGCGAAUAUGUUCAUGAGUUGAAAGAUGGAAUGUU